UCUGUAGCUCAGACAAGGGACGGGUGUAAUGUAGCGUGUGACUUCACUGUGUGAGAGGUGACAGGGACAUCAGAGUCGUGCAGGUUGUCAGGGAAAGUGCUGAUUUGAGUCAUGUCCACAUACAAAACUGAUGGGAUGGAUAACAAUGUUCAGAGUGAAAAUAGUCUAUAUAGUGCGGUCCCAUAUGAGGAUGAAAGCAACGUCUGUAGGCCUACGGACCUAUCUGAGCUGCUGAAAGAGGGAACAAAGGAAUCGCACGAGAAGGCAGAAAACACCAAAUUUGUAAAGGAUUUCCUAAAAGGUCGUAUUAAGAAGGAGCUGUUUAAGCUGGCUACAGCAGCGCUCUACUUCACAUACUCUGCUUUGGAAGAGGAGCUAGACCGGAAUAAAGACAAUCCGUCCAUCGCGCCCUUGUAUUUCCCACAGGAACUGCACAGGAAGGAGGCUUUAGAAAGAGACCUUAGUUACUUUUACGGAGAUGACUGGAAAGAUUCUAUCCAGUGCUCAGAGGCCACCCAGUCAUACGUGGAGCGGAUCCAUCAUCUGGGUCAGCAUAAAUCAGAACUGCUGGUGGCCCACGCUUACACCAGGUACAUGGGCGACUUAUCUGGUGGUCAGAUACUAAAGAAAGUGGCCCAGAGAGCCCUGCAUCUGCCCAGCACUGGUGAAGGAAUCCAGUUUUAUGAGUUUAAUAAUGUCACCAAUAACCAAAACUUCAAACAGCUGUACCGAGCCCGUCUUAAUGCCCUGGAUUUGGACGCUGAGACCAAGGAAAGUGUUGUGGAAGAAGCAAACAGAGCUUUCCGCUUUAACAUGGAGGUAUUUGAUGAGCUGGAUAAAGUAGGAGCUAACCUCCCUGAUGAACAACAAGAUGGCGUCCACCCCUUGCAUGAUGGAAAAGGAGAUACCCGCAAGUGCCCAUAUUACGCUGCGCAGAAAAGUUCUGUAUCAGGAUGUCCAUAUCACACUGCCAUAGCCUUAGCAAGACGUCCUCAAAUACAGGCUAUCUUAGCCGCCUUUGCAACCGCCAUAGCUGCUGCAAUUACCUGGUACUUGAUGUGAGCAUAUUUGCUCUUAUUCAGGUCUACAAAAAAAGUAAAUUUUUUUUUUUCAUGGAGAUCCAGAAAACAGGAUACAAUUAAAACGUGAUCGUCCCACUCCCAGUGGUGUUUAUAAGCGCUUGUCCAGUAUACAUUCCUGGAACCAUAUGAAAAAGGAUAUACAAUUUUUCACGGAAAUCUCAUUAACAGAUUUUCAAGUUCAGACUUUCACCGAGAUUCUAAUGGUUACUUUAGUUCUUUAAUUUUGUUGCAAAGUGUAUAAGUAGGUAAAUGCUGUUUAUUCUGAAGGCCAUUCAUAUACUGUAUAUAGAAAUUUAGAAUCAUACUAUGUAUGUAUGGACGCAUACACUCAGUAUUAUGCAUAAAAGCCGUAUCUUACGGGUUAUUAAUAUGCGGUUUUGAAAUAGUUACAUUUAGAACAGUAUAUUGCAACCCUAGUUUCCAAAGAUGUGAUGACUUAAAGGGCCAGUAAACCUAAAAAAUGUUAUAUAAUUCUGCACAUAGUGCAUAAUUAUAUAACAUUAUAUUAGUGCAAGUUUUUUAUUAUAUAAUAUCUCCGGUGAUUUUUAUAAAAAUCAGAGGGUUUUCCAGACCCACCCUCUGUGCUCUACUGAGCGGGUCUGGUUUUUCCUCAGAGCAGAAUUAUAUAACAUUAUUUUUUAGGUUUACUGGCACUUUAAGCACAGGUGAGAUGGCUACAGAAACUGAUCUACUGAUCAGCCCAGACAGUGACAUCCUUAAAGGGAGAUUUAACUCAAAAUGUAAAGGGAUAUUGCACUGUAAAAUGCAUUCACAGUUAUCCAUUUUCAGUGCUGUAGUGUAUUACAUUGUUUGCAAAUAGCUCCUUUACUUUUUAUUUUGUCAUUUGAAAUAGCUGCUUUUGCCUGUUGAAACUGCCAACUAUACUGAAAGUUUAAAUACUGCAGUAUUGGCUAUAGAAAACUAUGUAAACAAGAGGCAAAGUCGGAAAUCAGCCUCCAAGUUGUUGGUGGGAGUGAUCCCAGCCCAAGGGUGUUCCUGCAGCCGCUUUGAAUUAAAUUAACAUUCUUUAAUUCCCAUUAAAAACAUAAAUAUGGGUAUUACAAAAAAAAUAACAAAAAUAAUAAACUUUGCAGAGUAAUUUAAUAAUUUAUUUUUCCUGUAAUUUAAAUUGUGCUUUUCCACUGCCCCAUAAAGAGGCUGGAGAGCUACAGUAAUUGCUUGAUUAGUGCAAGAGCUAAUUUAUAUAUGUCCCUAACUGGCUUCUGCAAAGGAUAAACAUACUAUGCUGUCCCUGGACUGCAACAUAAAAAAUAUUUUGCUAGUAAAAAUAAAAGGUAAAAUGCUUUCAAAACUCUUAUUUUGUAUGCAGAUUUUGAGAAUGCAGUGCUUAAUUGCUGAUAUUUACUUUUACGUGUAUAAAACUGGACUUUAAUGUCCCUUUAAAAAAAACAAACUGUGUGUUAGAGCUACUUGAGGACUGAAGUUGAACAAACCCUGAUUUAGAAUAUUACCAAAAUGAGCCCUGGAUGGGGUGCACUGCCAUAGUGACAGGGUGUUUGUAGGAGACAUCUAGCUCGCAUGAUGGGAUAUUUAGUGACCCUGUUGUUAGUUAUGUGGGAACAUUUAAAGAGCCUAUUUUUAGGAUUUAUAAAAGUGCGGUAUUACUAGUGAAAUUAACAUGUACAAUUUUAAACCAUUUUAAUAAUAUUUCCUUUUUUAAUUUAUGUUUUUGUGGGAGCUGUAUAGUAUUGACAGUUUCAGUUUCCUCUCAUAUUCUGGUAGCAUGACCACAUCCUUUUCUCAGCACUUUAUAAUGCGUUUCUUUGGCAUCUACAAAGGGUUAUGAGGGGUUCUGGGUUUAAUUAAUAUCCUUCAAAAACUCCUUCCAAUCGUUUAUGGAUUUUUUUAUGCAACUAAUUACAGCUUGAUCUUUUCUAAAUCCUCUGGACAUUAUAGAUAUAUUUCUAGGAGACUGAAACAUUUGCACUGCCAGUCUCUUGAACUAUUAAUAGUGUUUUAAGUUCUGUAAUCAUCUAUCUCUAAUGUUUAUUUAAAUUAAAAGGUCUAAUAAGGAACUAGCUAAUAAAUAAUAAUAUAACUUUAAUUAUUGAAAAAUGCAGCUUUUUAUGAUUGAGAAAUGCAGCUAAGUGUAUUAAGAGGAUUUAGCCAUAAAAUAAAAUAUGCAACAUGCCAGCUACACAGUAUACAUGUAUCUUUUAAAUAGGGCUUGAUCAUUUUCUGGAGCCAGCAAGCUUAGAAUUUUACCCUUGUAAAAUCAUAUAGGGGUGACAGCAGAUGAGCCUAAGAUGCCAGCAUGUGGAAAUGCCUGAUUAGGAAUGGUUAUCAAUAGGUCUAUUGGGACACAAGUUUUGGACAACUCUGUUGAAGGACAUUGCUCAAGUGCACCAUCAGUCUUGAGACAUACAGUUUGGACAACUUCUUUACAACCACAUGUCUCGGGCACACAGUCAGGCUUGGUACACACAUUUUGAAGAACUUUAUUGAAGGACAUUUCCCAGAUGCACCAUUAGACUUGGGACACACUAGACAACUCCAUAGAGAAACAUGCACCAGGUGCACCAUUAGACUUGGGACACACUGGACAACUCCAUACAAGGACGUGCACCAUUAGACUUAGGACUCAUUAGAUGGAUAUCCACCAGGUGCACCAUUAGACUUGGAGUACACUAGACAACUCCAUAGAGGGACAUUCACUAUUAGACUUGCAGCAUACUAGACAACUCCAUAGAAGGACAUACACCAUUAGUCUUUUGGCACUCUGGACAACUCCAUAGAAGGACAUGCACUAGAUGCACCAUUAGACUUGGGACACACUGGACAACUCCAUAGAGGGACAUGCAUCAUCUGCACCAUUAGCCUUGGGACACACUAGACAACCCCAUAAAGGGACUUGGACAAUUAGACUUGAGACACCCUAGGUAAAUGCAUAGAGAGACAUCCCCCAAAUUCACCAUUAGACUUGGGGCACACUAGACAACUCCAUAUAAGUACAUGCACCAGGUGCACCAUUAGACUUGGAGCAUACUAGACAACUCAAUAGAGGGACAUGCACCAUUAGACUUGUGGCACUCUGGACAACUCCAUAGAAGGACAUGUACUAGAUGCACCAUUAGACUUGGGACACACUGGGCAACUCCAUAGAGGGACAUGCGCCAGGUGCACUAUAGGCUUGGGACAAAUUAGACAACUCCAUAAAAGGAUGUGCACCAGAUGCACCAUUAGAUUUGGAACACACUGGAUAGUUCCAUAGAGGGACAUUAACCAUAUGCACCAUUAGACUUGAGACACACUAGACAACUCCAUAGAGGGACAUGCAUCAUAUGUACCAUUUGCCUUGGGACACACUAGAGAAUGCCAUAGAGGGACUUGCACCAUUAGACUUGAGACACGCUAGACAACAGCAUAAAGAGACAUGCCCCAAAUUCACCAUUAGACUUGGGACACACUAGACAACUCCAUAGAAGUACAUGCACUAGGUGCAUCAUUAGACUUGGGACACACUGGGCAACUCCAUAGAGGGACAUGCCCCAGAUGCACCAUUAGACUUGGGACACACUAGACAUCUCCAUAGAAGGACAUGCACCAGAUGCACCAUUAGACUUGGGACACACUGGAGAACUCCAUAAAGGUUUAUGUAGUGGAGAGGCGAGUGCCUCUCCACUACAUUGACCAUCCACUUAUACUAGACAUCACACCUAAACAACUCCAUAAAGGGACAUGCAACAUCAGACUUGGAACACACCGGACAACUCCAUAGAGGGACAUGGACCAUUAGACUUGGGACACACUGGACAACUCCAUAGAGGGAUAUGCACUAGAUGCACCAUUAGACUUGGGAAACACUAGGCGACUCCAUAGAAGGACAUGCACCAGGUGCACCAUAGGCUUGGGAAACACUAUUAUACAACUCAUUGAAAUGUGCCCCAAAUGUACAGUCUCCAUAGAAGUACAUGCACCAGGUGCACCAUUAGACUUGGAGCAAACUAGACAACUCCAUAGAGGGACAUGCACCAUUAGACUUGUGGCACUCUGGACAACUCCAUAGAAAGAUAUGCACUAGAUGCACCAUUAGACUUGGGACAUGCUAGGCAACUCCAUAGAGGGACAUGCACCAGGUGCACCAUAGACUUGAGAAACACUAGACAACUCCAUAAAAGGAUAUGCACCAGAUGAACAAUUAGACUUGGAACACACUGGAUAACUCCAUAGGGGGACAUGCAUCAUAUGCACCAUUAGACUUGGGACACACUAGACAACUCCAUAGAGGGACAUGCAUCAUAUGCACCAUUAGCCGUGUAGCACACUAGAGAACGCCAUAGAGGGACUUGCACCAUUAAACUUGAGACACGCAAGGCAACAGCAUAGGGAGACAUGCCACAAAUUCACCAUUAGACUUUAGACACAGUAGACAACUCCAUAGAAGUAUAUGCAACAGGUGCACCAUUAGACUUGGGACACACUGGAUAACUCCAUAGAGGGACAUGCAUCAUAUGCACCAUUAGACUUGGGACACACUGGAUAACUCCAUAGAGGGACAUGCAUCAUAUGCACCAUUAGACUUGGGACACACUGGACAACUCCAUAGAGGGACAUGCACCAUUAGACUUUGGACACACUGGACAACUCCAUAGAGGGACAUGCACCAUUAGACUUGGGGAACUCAGGAACACUCUAUAAAAGGACAUGUCUUAGAUGCACCAUUAUACAACUCCUUGAAAUGUUUUGUCCCAAAUGUACAAACACACUUGGUACACAAAUAAUUAAUGCCUACAUGAAAAGGCAUGCCCCAGGUGCGCCAACACAAGUUUAGUACAACAGCAGAACACAAGAUUUAACAGAGCUUAGCUUUCACAAAAAUGAGCUGUGUGAAUGGAAGGGAAUUACUUUUUAACAAUAUAUAAGGAGCAUAAUCUAACGAUACAGACACAAAGAUGGUGCCACAUAGCGUUUCAAUGGUGUAAUGAUUAUUUGUGAAUACUCACCAAAAAGAUUCCAUUAACCUAUACUGUGUAUCACAUUUCAUUUAAUAAAAUGACCAUGCUGUAAAUUAUACAGCAUAUAUAUUAAUAUAUAAAAAUAUAUUUGUGGAUGCUCUUUGGUAGAAGAUGUUUGGAGAUGCUGGAGGGGUUUAGAUAGACAGCUCAGAAGCCCCAUACUCUUCUGAUUCCAGCGACACAACAAAGAAGCAUAAACACAGAUAACUAGUUCAGCUUUAAAUUGAGUUUUGUAUGCCACUUUGGAGGCCAAAUCUCCAGAAGGAUAUAAACAAACCUAAAUCUGUUAGUAGAUUACUAAAUUAGUACAUGAUCUAGAACAUACAACUUACAAAGAAAGACUUGAUUACCAAAAUAUGUAUAACUUACAUGAGAGAAGGUAGAGAGGUGAUAUGAUGGAAACCAAACUGAAAGUAUUUUUCAUAAGAGCAGCACCAAGACAAGGGGUCAUGAUCUCAAGCUGAAGGCUAACAGGUACACGAGUAAUGUGCGAAAGCGCUUCUUCACAAAAAGGAUGGUUGAUUUAUAGGACUCCAUUUAUCAAACAGCUGUUGCUGCUUCGUAGGCCCAUCGUUUCAGGGUUGACUAAAGAAAAGUUAAGAAGACCGCUGCUCCUUACUUAAAGGGCCAUAAUACCCAAAUGUUGAAACACUUGAAAGUGAUGAAGCAUAGCUGUAAAAAGCGGACUAGAAAAUAUCACCUGAACAUCUCUAUGUAAAAAAUAAAGAUAUUUUACCUCAAAAGUUCCUCAGUAGCCACAUCCCAUUGUAAAAGACUUCUAAGCAGCAAAUCAGUAUGUCUGUCCCGGGACAGCGAAAGGAGCGAGUAUUCGUGCACAUAUUAUUUCCCUAUUCAGUUUAAGGAAGUUUACUAUGAAAUCUCAUGAGAGUUAAGUCAAAUCUCAUGAGAUCACAGUAAAAGAGUUCAUGACCUCAGCACUGCUGAUGCUGAUUGGCUGCUGUUCAUGUCUUAAUUUUUUUUUUUUUAACCUGCAGCUGAGUAUAACUUUUUACACAGAACUUAUUCUGCUGAGCUGAGGAGAUUGUGAGGUAAAAUAUCUUCCUUUUUUACAUAGAGAUGCUCAGGUGAUAUUUUCCUGUCAGCUUUUUACAGUUAUACUGCAUCAGUUUCAAGUGAUUUAGCGUAUGAGUAUUAUGUCCCUUUAACCUGACUGAUUACCAUAUGAUCAGGAUGAUUGACAGACCCUGCUAGUGCACGAUUGGCCGCAAGUGAGAGGGGGGCAGCAUUGCCCAAGGAAUAAACUUCCAUUAGAUGUAAAGACAAAAACUAUGAGGGGCUUUUAAAAAUCCCUGAGAUAAGCAUACGGUUAGUCCUAAUUUAGAUGACACAGGGAAUAUGGGCAGAGUUCCUAUCUGCCCUCAAAAUAUGUGUUUGUGUAUGGAGUUGCAAUCAACUGUUUACAUUGCUUUGUUGUGUUGCUGGAAUCUAAAGCACAAUUUGUGAAUCCAGUUGACAUUGUUAGAUUUGUGUUACAUGAAUAAAAAAUCAAAUGCAUCCCAGGGCUGGGCUAACUCUUUGUGGAUAACAGGGGUAUGGGUGAUCCACUGGUAUUAUUUGAUAAUUGCCCAAUCACAAAUAGAAAUGAAAUGACUACAUAUCACAAUAAACUAUCCAUGUCUGAAAAUAUGAAACACAUUUAAAAAGGUUAUUUGACUUUAGUUUUAAAAAGACAUUGUACUGUUACAUGUUCUACUGUUUAAAGUGUUCCCAGUGAUUCAUUUUACUUGCUGGAGUAUAUUAAAUGGUUUACAAACCGCUCAUUUAACUUUAUUUUAACAUUUGUAUAUGUAAUUUUGCCUGUUGAAACUGUUCCAUUUUAUACUGAAAGUAUGAAUACUGCAAUAUAUUCAAAUAUAUUCUAUCCUCUAUAGAAAAUAUAUGAAAACAAGAGGCAGCAGUAGAAAUUACCCUCUCAAUGGAGAGUGGGAGAGAGGGUGUUCAUGCAGCCACUUGGAAUAAAACUCUAAGGCGUAUAUUUAUGAAGUAGCGGAUGCUGCUUAUUCCGCACAAGCCUUCUGGCUCGCCGGAAAUGUAAUUUAAGAAGCAGCGGUCCUAAGACCGCUGUUCCUUAACUCGUCCGCCACCUCUGAGGUGGCGAGCAACAAUCAUCAUGAUCAGAUACGAUCGGGAUGAUUGACACCCCCUGCUAGCGGACGAUUGGCCACUAAUGUGCAGGGGGCUGCAUUGCACAGGCAUUUCACUAGAAAUGCUUUUGCAAUGUUAAACGUUGACAGCGGCAUUUAGCGAUGUUGGGCAUAACAUGAUCUGCUACAGCGGAUCAUGUUCUCCUGACGGUUAAUAAAUCAACCCCUAACAAGCUACUUGCCGUAGUAAAUUGUCCCUUUAAUAUUCUUUUUUUUUCAUGCAGAAAAUAUUUCUUUCAAGUAUAACUGCAACGCUUUCAUAUGUGUGAUAGAAAAUAUCUAAAGGGACACUGAACCCAAAUUUUUUCUUUUGUGAUUCAGAUAGAGCAUGCAAUUUUAAGCAACUUUAUAAUUUACUACUAUUAGCAAAUGUUCUUCAUUCUCUUGGUAUCUUUAUUUGAAAAUCAAGAAUGUAAGUUUAAAUGCCGGCCCAUUUUGGUGAACAACCUGGUGGAUAAAUUCAAGGUUCUGGACUUUCUUUUUCAAAUGAAGAUAGCAAGAGAACGAAGAAAAAAUAAUAGGAGUAAAUUAGAAAGUUGCUUAAAAUUGCAUGCUCUAUCUGAAUCACAAAAGAAAAAAAAUGGGUUCAGUGUCCCUUUAAGUAAAUGUCUCUUUAAACUUAAACUCUAAUUGCCCAUAAAAGAUUUAACUAUCUAUGCAAAUUAAAAUAGCUUUUUCAAUCUACUUCUAUAAUUUAUUUUGCCUCCUUUUUCUGUCAUUUAAAUCUGAAAAUUGUAGAGGCUGGAGUUCAAUCCACUGAAUUCAGAACCCUGACACUCAUACAUGCUUCACAGUGAUUGGCUGAUAUGUGUAGGAACUCAUUUAUACCUGUAUACAAUUGCCACAGCAUAUGAGAGAAGAUAACACUUAAGGGGUAUGCCCUCAACUGGAAAAGAAUGCUAAUUCUUCUAACAAAAUGACACUUUUAAGCACUUUAACAAAUGUAUUUUGUAUGAAGAUCUCUACCAAGGCAGUGACUAAUUUCUGAUGUAUAAAUGAAAAAUGACUUUAAUGUCCCUUUAAUAUGUUUACUUUGACAUUUUAAGUUUAAAGAAUAAAGACAUUGUUAAGUGAUAUAGUUUGUUUUAUUCUUAAAUUGGUCAGACUAUAAGGGAUAUGUAGAUAUGGGGUAAUUCAAUUACAGGUUAAACCCUUCUGUUGCAUAAAACAAUAUAAAGGUUAGUUGUUAAUAUUCAGUAACAUUAUAUGGUUGCUUAGUGUAUAAAUAAAAUGGUUAUGUCUGA